GUUUGAAUCCCGCCUUUCAUAUCAUAGUGAAUCACAAUAGUACCACAAGUGGGAUAUCCAGGAAGACAUGAAGAAACAAAUUGAACUGACAUUUCUCCCUCUGGUUGAUUUCCUUGCAUGAGCCCGUAGACGGUAUUACAAACAGGACAAGUUUGCUUGUAAGUCAUGGCCUUUUUGAUGCAACCUUUGCAAAAUGCAUGCUUGCACUUUGUCAGUAUUUCUUUAUCAUUCAUUCUCUCCAUGCAAAUAGGACAUACACCAUCGGUGUCUUCUUCUGUCUUUGCCUUAGCCUGCUCUUUGGAAGAAAAACUACUCUUUUGCCUGUCACCGUAUUUCUUCUCAGACACUCCUGUAGCUUCUUGGUUGCUGAGUGGUGUCCUGGUUUUAGUUUCUGCACAGCCUCCAGCAUUAAGAAGCUUCAUAAUGUGCUUUUCAGCAGCAUCUAGAUGGUUUGGUAAACCAUAUAAAAUUAAUUUGUCUUCCUUCUUCUUAAGUUUUACGUGCAGGUUUUCCAAUUGUUUUCCAUCAAGCAUAUUUAAUCUUUUUUCCUGAUAUUCUGAAAGUUUACAACUGAUGAGUUUUUCUCUUAACAUUGCAAAGGCAUUCUGAAAUGCAUUGAUGAAAGUUUCAGUAGCAUGUGAAAACCUAUCAGAAAUUUUGGUCCUAGGCCUAAAUAUUAUGAGCAUCUUCUGGCUAUCUGAACUGUGUUUCUUUUCCAUUACAGUAUCAAAAUUUUCUUUAAUGUCCUCAAUUUCUUUUCUUAAUACUGUUUCCAACAGAUUGAACACAGAAGCAUCAACUGCAACUUCGUUCCUGUAGGUAUACAAUUCACAUGAUAUAUCCACAUUCUUUUCAGUUUGGCUGUUCUGCGUUUCCUCUGCUAGAAAUUUUUUGGCAUUCAAAAUUUCAUUUGUUGGACCACGGAGGAGCAAUUGAUUCUCUUCCUUUUUGGCAAGAAGAUUACUAAACCUAUUAUUUAAUUUCAUUAUUGUCUCAUUUAACUGGUAACUGUUUGUUACGGAAACUUUUUCCUGUUUCACAUCUUUGAUAUUUUUCUGAAAAGCACUGGUAAAAAAAUCCUUAGCUUUUUGUAUUGAUGCAGAACUUUUAUUAGAAGUGAAGCACACUGAUGUGUUCCCAUUGUUACAGUCUUUACUUCUUACAUGCACCCCAAAACAUUCAUACAGUUCUUCAAUUUGAUCUUUGCAGAUAUGACAGAAAUAUUCAUAGAGAGCUGAUGGAACUGUAAGCUCAUUCGCUGACGGCACUGUAAGCUCAUUCAUUUCUUCAUUUUUCAGACCAUUUCCAUCCUCUAAACCAUUCUUACUCCCAGUAUGUGACAAAUCAUGGUGUUGGUCAUAGCCUGCAAGGAUAUCUUUAAAGUAAUGAUAAGCUUUUUCAAUAUCUGUGUAAUCUCCUGUUAAUUUCUCAUAGCCGUCGAUAUCAGGAUUUCUUUCUCUUUUUAGGUUUGGACAUAUAAGAGCAAUUUUCUCCCUUUGCUGUUCAGUGAACAUACUGGUAUUCAAUAUCGCAGAUACUGUAAGAAAAAUCUUUUUGGUCACGACUUCUGCUGCGGUGCCUUGCUGGCCUUCAGCCGCCUGCAUUUCCCCGGGCCCCUGUGGCGGUGGGGAGAUGUGGUAUGGCUGGGAGCAGCUGGUGGAGGCUUGUGAUGUCGACUGGCCCCCACUCAGGCCCCCUUUCUCGGGCUGGAUGCUGAUCUUCAGGCACUUGGCACCCAUUUCCACGACAUGGUCUGUGCGGGACUCCACGCUCUUCUUAUCUCGCUCCCGCUGGAAGUACACCAGUUAUCGGUCACAGACCCCAGAAGACACUCAGAGUUCAGAGCCAAGAAUGGAUGAGGACAGCUUGACGAUCCCCAUCAACAAAGAUGCUUAUGAAGUUCUUAAGAAAAGAGAGCAGUGCCUAAGUAACCUCAUUGACAAAAAGUUUGCUUGUACAUUCACUUUUGAAAGUGUAAAAUCCACUGCUGAAGUAUACAGAACAAUACUAAAGCAGGGAAUUCGCAUAUCAGUUUGUAAGGAUGAUCUUACAAAACACAAAGCCGAUGCUUUGGUGAAUGCAGCCAAUGAAUACCUAGGACAUGAAGGAGGCCUUGCUUUUGCUCUUUCAAGUGCUGGAGGGCCAGAAAUAAAAGAGGAAAGCAGUAUUUAUAUUAAAAAAUACGGAAAGCUCGCAGCUGGCAAAAUAGCAGUGACAGGUGGAGGGAAGCUUCCAUGUAAGAAAAUUAUUCAUGCAGUUGGUCCAAGGUGGUUCAUGCCUGAAAAGGCAGAAUGUUGUGUCCUGCUUGAGGAAGCUAUUGUGAAUGUCCUGAAAUACGCUAAUGCUCCAGAAAAUGGUAUAAAGUCUGUGGCUAUUCCAGCAGUGAGUUCAGGUAUUUUUGGCUUCCCACUCAAUUUGUGUGCUCAAGUGAUUGUAAUGGCUAUAAAGGGAUUUUUUAAGACAAGUCUACCAGGAAGUCUCAAGGAAGUCCGUCUGGUGAACAUUUGUGAGAAAACAGUAGCAGAAAUGAAAAAGGCCUGUGAAAAGUUUCUGGGUGAUAGCAGUUCGCUUCAGGAAACUGCUCCAGCUUUGCCAAGCCAUCCUGUACCUGUCAUCAUAGUUGGAAACUCUCGUGUGUGUAUCUUAAGAGGACACAUUGAAGAGCAAAAGACUGUAGCCAUUGUUAGCUCCAUGUCUUCGGAUGGCGAGUUUUACUCUUCAUUUUCAUCACCAGUGAUGCAGAAAGCAGGUCCAGCUCUUCAAGAGGAACUUCGGUCUCAGCUUCGGCAUUCUUCAUAUUACAAGGAGCUCAUAAUAACAAAAGGGUAUAACCUACCCUGCGAGCAUGUACUGCACGUUGUAUGGCAACAAUAUAGACACGUGGUGUUACUGUGUGAGCAAUUAAAAGCAGCAGUUACCAAAUGCUUGUGUUACAUUCAGGAUCUGAAACGCCCCUCAGUUUCUUUUCCGGCAAAGGGGAUUUGGUCAAUAAUGCUGCCUGAGGAGACAGUGGCGGAGAUCAUGAUAGAAGAGGUUUCAAAUUUUGCCAGGAAAUACCCUGAGAAGAUGUUAGAUGUGCAGUUUGUCCUUUGCCCAGAUGACAGUGCUUCCUAUCAGGCUUUCCAGAGAAAACUUAAUUCAGUAGCAAGAAAAGAGGAAGAAAAGAUGUAUAACUAUGGAAGCAAUCAUCCGAGUACAGAGUCAGACAGUCAAAGCAUAAAGAAGACUCCCAAUAACAAACCGGCUAUCGAACUUAAGGGGAGCACGCAUAUUGCACUGAAAGCAGCAGAAUUGUGGGUCCAACGCAUAGUACAAGCUCAGGAGAGUCGCUGUGCCAGUAUUGAAAACAACUUCAUCUUUAGCCUUGGUAAAAAGGAGUUUGCAGAACUAUCUCGAGAGCAGCAUUCUAGCGUGCGUGUAUCAGAAAAAGUGAGAGGUGGGAAAGCGAGCCUGGAAUUUCAUGGCCCCCCUGACGCUGUGAUUGAUGCAGUGCUUGCAACUGAGAAAUUGCUGCUUCGUAUGCAAGAGAAGACUACAGCCAAACAAGAGGAACUACUGCAGUUAAUGGGCCAACCAAAAGCAGAUCAGCUUUCAGAAGGACACCUUCACAAGACAAAUGCUACUAAAUGCUUCCAGAUUUCACAGGUAGAACCACACCUUCAGGAGUUUAAGGACAGACAGAAACAAUUUGAAAAGGCUGGGCUUCAUGUUCUUAAGAUUGAAAAAAUCCGUAAUCCUCUCCUGUCUGCUGCGUUCCAACAAAUGAAAAAAAAUAUAGAAGAAAAAGGAGGUUCCUCCAACGUAUCCCACAAGUUGUAUCAACGUGUUCCUGCAGAGUUCUGUACCUUGGUAUGCCAGACAGGAUUUCAUAGAAUAUAUUCUCCACCAGCAGAUCAAAGAUACGGAGCUGGCAUCUACUUUAAAAGGAACCCAAGAAGCCUCAUUGAGGAUGGAGGGGAUUGGGAAAAAGACUCUAAAAUGUAUGUGUUUGAGGCUGAUGUGUUAACAGGCUUAUAUACUGGAGGCAGGCAGUCUUACAUUAUACCACCAGCAGUGGAGGGAGAUGCCACUAAGAUGUAUGACAGCUUAGUAGAUGAUGAAAGCAAUCCUGGCAUCUUUGUCAUUUGCAACAGUGUUCAGGCCCUUCCACAUUACUUGUUGACUUGCUCCCAAGUGAAUUAGAGGCACGUGGACCUCGGCAGAAACCAGCAGCAUCUUGAGUAAGCAUUAGUCAGAAUGCUAGCUGUGGUGAAGCCCCUCUCAGAACAAAGUCUGGUACUUAGACCUCAAGAGGGUGCUCUACCUAGUAACGUGUUGUGAUCAAAGAACCUCUUGACAGCUCUGAUAUAUCUAUGAGGACAAGUAAGCUGGUACCUUAAGGAGAUCAGAACAAUCUGUGAGCUCAUCUGUGUAUGAAAACAGAAUGGAAAGUGUCGUAAAAUAGUUCAACAUUUAUCUUAGUAUUCUUAGCAUGUGGCUACACACAACCUGUUUGCAUUAAGUUGUCUUUUUUACCGCUAUACUUUCUUAAUCUAAGAUAUUGCACGUAAUAGUGAAACCCAAGACAUUGAGGUUGAUUUGAUUCUUAAAUCUUCUUUUGACUGAAAUGGACAAAUGUAUCAGGUGAAUGUUGUUUUCCACCUAGGGCUGUGCUGUUAAAUACACAGUUAUGACAAAUAUGAAGCAACGCUUCAGGGCUUCAGGAUUUCUAACAGUAGUUGCUAUUACAGUUUUUGUUAAGAAAUUCCAAUCAUUGUAGAUUCCUGUAUUCAAAAUAAAAAUUAUGAACGA